CACUACUUGCCUACUUUUAACUGCUAGUUUAUGUUCAUAUGGAUAAUCUUUUCCCGGUCUUCCACGCUUACAGAUCCGGAGACACCACAUGCUUCUCGGUCCCGCCACCAACUACUAUUCCACUCUAAAGAACUCAUCCAUGGCACCUCAAUCUUCCUCUUGGAGAGCUUCGGGAGCACGCCAAGGCAGCCCCACAACAUAAUUCUCUCGUUUCUCCUCUUAGCUCUCACUGCUUCUGUUCUCCUUAGCUCCCCUCGUCAUCGUCUUCUUCUUCUUCUUCUUCUUCUUCUUCUUCUCUGGCAAUGGGGCACGAUUCGCUUGUCCUGAUCAUUGCUCUGGGGCUUGUAAUUGGGACCGUAGGCGCGCAGUCGGAUGGCUGCGGUUCGGAACUGCCCAUUGCUCUCAGCAGCAACUUCUCGGGGCUCUCCUGCAAGACUGUCUGGAAUAAUUUUGUCCUCAGGUACUCUCAAGACCAAGACAAUGUUCUGAGCAUUGUAUUGUCUACCGUAUACACCACUGGCUGGGUAGGCAUAGGAUUCUCCAAAGAUGGAAUGAUGGUUGGCUCCAGUGCUGUAGUAGGUUGGAUGGGAAAAACCGGUCAACGACAUAUUGAAAGGUUCUAUCUUGGUGGUCAGUCUAGCUCAGCUGUCCAGGUUGACAAGGGAGAGUUGCAAUUCUCUACUGCUGCUACUGCUGGACCUUCAGUUCUUGUUGAGAAUGCAAAAAUCUAUCUGGCAUUUCGACUGAAGUUUUCUGCUCCGGUCACUCAGCAGAAACUCAUAUUCGCUAUUGGAUCUGCAAUCCCAGUCAACAAUGUCCUGCAAAUCCAUGAUGACAAGACAUCUAUCCUGUUUGAUUUUUCAUCAGGUACUUCAUCAGCUUCUUCUUCCUAUCCUACCCAGCUGAAGAGGACCCAUGGAGCACUAGCAAUAUUUGGGUGGGGUGUUCUGCUACCGAUAGGGACAAUCGUCGCAAGAUACUGCAAGCAAUGGGAUCCUCUAUGGUUCUAUCUGCACACAGUCAUCCAGUUCAUUGGAUUUAUCAUUGGUCUUGCAGCAGUGGUGACUGGAAAAUCACUGUAUGACAAGCUGCAUGCUAGUGUCCACACUCACAGAGGCCUUGGCAUUUUUGUACUGGUGCUUGGUAUUCUUCAGGUGUUGGCCUUCUUUCUACGACCCGACAAGGAUUCCAAGUACAGGAGGUACUGGAACUGGUAUCAUCAGUGGGUUGGAAGACUCGCUCUGUUCUUCGCAGCAGUCAACAUAAUUGUCGGGAUUCGAGUUGGAGGUGCAGGGAGUUCUUGGAAGGUUGGCUAUGGUUUCAAUCUUGCCCUCCUGAUGACAGUGUCAAUCAUCUUGGAAGUCUUGCUGUGGACAAGAUGGUCGAAGAGAAACACUACUCCGGUCUUCUAAGCGCGGCAACCAGAUGAUCCUCGUAUUGUCGUCGUAGUAAUUUGAUGAUGGUUGUUCUUGUUUGUCACAUACUUUUGCUGGAGAAUCUAGAGAUCAGUACCCAUCAGCUGUCUCAGGAAAACAUUGAGUUGCCAUAUCCAAUGGAGGAAACAUGUUGUUUCGAUUA